AUGUCGCCCAUCCCCAUCACCGUCAUCACUGGCUUCCUUGGCUCCGGUAAAACCACGCUGAUCCUCAACCUGCUCGCCCAGCUGCCGCCCGACUACAAACUCGCCCUGCUGAAGAACGAGUUCGGCGAUGUCGCUAUCGACUCGCAGCUCGCCGCCUCUCAAGCCAUAUCCGGUGUGCAGGAGCUCCUGAACGGCUGCAUCUGCUGCAACCUGACCGGCCAGCUCGGCGAUGCCCUCGAAACCCUCCGCACCACUGCUCAGCCCGACCGCAUCGUCAUCGAGACGAGCGGCAGCGCCUUCCCGGCCACCCUGGCCAUGGAGGUGAACCGCAUUUCCCGUGAGACUGGCGCCUUCGUGCUGGACGGCGUCAUGAGCGUCGUCGACGUCGAGAAUUGGCAGGGCUACGAGGACACCAGCUACAGCGCCAAGGUGCAGGCCCAGUACACUGAUCUCAUCGUGUUGAAUAAGUGCGAGCUCGUCAGUGAGCGUCGCGUCGAAGACGUGGAGGACAAGAUCCGUGACCUCGAACUCGACGUGCCCACCCCCAUCGUUAAGAGCACCAAAGGACGCGUGGACAAGGACAUCGUCUUCGGCUUGGACGCGAAGCUGGCCCGCACGGAUGCCCAUGCCCUGCACCACGAGCACGACCACAACCACUCGAGCGAGGUCGAGGUGCUUUCUAUCACCAUUCCCGCCGCAGGUGGCGGGCCCCACGGCGUUGAUCUAGAGAAGCUCGAGACUUUGCUCAAGGACUCCUCCAAGGACGAAAUUUACCGCAUCAAAGGCGUUCUCCACGCUUCUUCGGUCCCCAAAUCCUCUGACGGCCAGCCAGCCAGCCUCCCGAGUAUUGGGGAAGGCAACGGUAGGUAUAUUCUGAACUGGGCGUUCGGACGGUGGACCUUCACAGCCGCUCCCGCUGCAUCCCCGGAAGGGAGUACCACUUCCUCGGGCAGCGCAACGCCUGCACCAACAGAUUCCGGCAUCUCUACGCCGCAGAACGGCUCCGCAGAGCCGGCUCUGCGGAUGACCAUCAUCACUGCGCGCUACGAAUCCAGCAAAUGGAAGAAGCGUAUCGAGGCCGGAGAGUUCCUCGCCCUGGAAGGUGAUGCGCCUGUACAACUCCAGGUGGAGAAGGUUGUGUAG